CAUGUCAACACACGGCUGAACGCAAGGCUCAUCACGACGACUCGUUACUGACAAAAUACCCAUGUGAUUCCUAUCCAGCAUACACAUCACUUCCCAACCAUGGACGUCGACAUAUCAGACAUUCUCGCCGACAUUUCUCGCCCCGCAGCAGGAAAUUCAUCGACACCAUAUUUCGACACUGACGUCCUCACCGACCACCAACUCCUGACCCGGUCAUGGAUCUCGGAAAGAUGUGCUCCAGACCUACUACCAUACCCAACUGAACUCAUGACACGCGUCAUGUCGCGAUUACAACAGCAGAUCGCCACCAUUGAAGACCUUGCCAGUGGAAUGGGUGAUAGUUACGGUGGCACGGGCAAGUCCACUGCAAACUCCAACCUGACCCUCUCAAUCCUCCAGACCGAUCUCUCACGCACUCAAUUCAUCCUCCGCAGUUAUCUGCGUCAGCGACUCGGCAAGCUCACCAAGUUUGCAACCUAUUAUCUCAGUGGUCUUGAGCGGGAUGACAAGACUAGCUAUUUGUCUCCGUCUGAAAUCCAAUUCUUGCAGAAUCAUCAAGCGCUGCUGUCUGGGUUUUACGAUGCUACUUUUCUUCACGCGUUUCCUCCUGCGUUGAGACGACUGGAUGAUAAUAGUGGUGGUGUGCCGAUGGUAGAGGGGCCGGAUCGAGGCAAGGCUGUUGUGGUGCGAUGUCUGGCAGACGACGAAUGGGGCAACGAGGCUGAAGUCGAUGAAGGUCUAGAAGACGGCGCAAGUGUCGAGCUAAGGAUGAAAAGAGGUCAAGUCUGGGUGGUGCGAUGGAGAGAUGUCAGGAGAGGUGUUGAAAAGGGUGACUUGGAACUAUUAUGACAUGACAAGUUGACAAACACUUGAAUCACUCUCGAACCAGACGACGACGAUGAUGAUAAAUGACCACCACACCAUACAUGUACUAUAUUCACUUAUU